AUGAUCAAGCAUAGUUUAGAAGUAAAGGGCUUACUUGAUGCAGUGGCCAUUGUUGGAACAGGUGGUGAUGGAGCAAACACAGUUAACAUUUCGACAGGAGCUUCAAUACUUGCUACAGCUUGUGAGCUAAACUUGAUUCUUUUUCCCUUUAAGCAAGGAAUUCGUUCAAGUUCUUUGGCAUGUGGAAGUGCCGAUGUAUUAGAAGAGUUGGGGAUAGUUAUCGACCUGGAACCUGAGGGAGUUUCAAGCUGUGUGAAAGAAGCAGGCAUUGGAUUUAUGAUGGCUCCAACAUAUCAUCCAGCAAUGAAGCUUGUCUGCUCAAUCAGGAAAAAGCUGAAAGUAAAAACUGUAUUUAAUAUAUUGGGCCCUAUGUUAAACCCAGCAAGAGUACCAUAUGCUGUUGUGGGUGUCUAUGCAGAAGAUUUGUGGACUUUGGGAUUCCUCGGUGUACCCUGGAUGACUUGCGAGGUGGAGGCCCAGAGUAUAAUGCUGGGGCACUAAAGGGUGUAUUGUCAGGGGAGAAAAGUUCAAUUGCAGAUGCAUUUGUAAGUAUCUCCUUAAUUCUUAUGACAAAGCACUAGUGCCUUAAGUUUUUUUGAGAACAUAAUUCAUGCCAAAAACAUUGGAUCAGAUCUUAAAUGCAGCAGCA